AUGAUAGCUCCAGUUACUGAUGAAGGAGUGCGACAAAUUCAAAUUUGUAUUCCUUCAUCAAAUUGGUAUAAUUAUUAUACUAGUCUUCAAUAUUUUUAUUCAAAACAACUUAUUAAUAUAUCAGCACCAUUAGAUACAAUUCCAAUAUUAUUAGGAGGUGGGUCAAUUAUUCCAACACAAAAAUAUGCAAAUAAUACAAAAUAUUCACGGUUAUAUUUUUAUUCAAAAUUUCAAUGGUCAUCAUCAAAAAAACAAUUAACAAUAAAUGUUAUUGAAAAUAAUUAUUCACAUAUGUCAAAUUUAAUUUUAGAUACAAUAACUAUUUAUGGAUUAAAAUAUAUUCCAAUUCCAAUUAAUCUUAAUAAUAAACAAUUUAAUCCUAAAAUAAGACCUUUUACAUAA